AUGGACAGAGACACCGUGGACACCGAGCUCGCGACGUAUGAGGAGGUCCUGGAGCGUUGGGCCUUCACAGACUGCAGUGGUUUCGACAACGCGCUCAGUGACAGCGAAAUGCGGGCGCUGUUUAGCCGCUGGCGCGCCACACGAAGCAAACCCGACGCUGCGAUCGGCAGCGGGCCACCAGCGUUCCAGCAGAAGCUUUUGCAGCGCGAGGAGCAGCACUCGCGCCUCUCCGUAGGGGCCUUGGCGGCCCAGAUUUGCGAGUUGUCAUGGGACGCUGAUCGAGACUGUUGUUUCGCUCAUUAUCGCCUCGGAUGUCCAAGUUGUCGCGGGUACAGCGUACCGCGACCAAGUUCCGCUGUUUGGGAGCGCAUCACAAGCGCCACACCCCUUUCCGAAGCCGAGCGCAGGCUGGUGGGGCUGUUCCAGCGAGCGCUGCACGAGGCUAGGCGCGACGAGGAGUCGCGCCCCGUGGAUGGCCGGCCUCGUACGCCUCCACGCAAUCCGGAACGUCCGCCAGCAGCACCUCCCGCGGCUCCCAGCUGUCGUCCAGCGAACCGAUCCACCGUACCAAGUAUCGGCGGGAGUUCGGGAUACCCCCGUCGAGUCAUCAUGGUCAAGAAUGACCUCCACGAUGUGACGAACGUUACCCUCGCGGUCAAAAAGUGGGGCCGGACCAUCACGAAGGAACCGAGCGCGAGUGGGCGAUUGCACGUCGGCUGGAACGUCUGGAGCAGCGCGUGGAGCAUCUGGAGCGGGAGCACCGAGGCUUGCGACAGGAGAUGUGGGCGCCGCGCCGCGCGGCGGCUGAUUACCGCUAGGGAUCGUCGCAGGAUGAUAACGGCGUAG